GAGAACAUUUUAUUAAUUAGAAGACACAUUGUCGUAAAUAUCUAGCUGAAUGGCGUAUAAUGCGAGACAAGUGAUACAAAGAAAUUCUAUGGUUAACAAAUAACGCGGUUAAGGUUAUGUUAUUUUUGAACUCUAAUUGUGACCCGCAGACAUUAGUUUAAACAGUAUAUUAAAUGAUUUUGAAGCUUCGCUUCGACCUUUGUUAUUUUUUAAGUGUAUAGUUGUAAUCAUAUAUAAUGAACGCAGAAUCUAGUGGCGCAAAUGAAGAACGCGCUUAUUUUUUAUCAGUUCUUUCAACAUUUAGAAGCUACAGAGAGCAGUCUUUGUCAAGGAUUAAGCGUAAAGAAACAUGUCUGGACAAUCUACCUUAUCACCACAAACAGUGGUUGAAAAAAUACAAAGAAGACUUGGAAGAAAUAACUAAAUGUAUAGAAAAGAAUUCGGAAUUUAUUCCCCUUGUUUUACGUCAAGCACACUGUAUAUUCGAAAAUGCAUACUCUACUGAAGUACCUUCUCAUUCUGAACAAAAUGUGGGAACCUUGUCAGAGGGUCUCGAUAAAGUUCAAAGUGUAUUCAAACAGCUUAUGCGUGACUGGAGUUCCUUAGGCGCCCUAGAGCGUAAACAGUGUUAUCAACCUAUCUUUGAAGAAAUAUUUGCUAAUUACCCCGAAGACAAAUUCGACAGGAGUAAUAUAAAAGUUCUGGUACCUGGCGCGGGUCUUGGAAGACUUGCUUUCGAAAUAGCUUCGAGAGGUUUCUUCUGUCAAGGAAAUGAAUUCAAUCUCUUCAUGUUAAUCGUAUCGUUUUUUGUACUGAAUCUUUGUAAAAAGGUCGACGAAUAUGAAAUAUAUCCGUGGAUUCAUCAAUAUUGCAACAAUCUCAAAGUGGAAGAUCAAAUGCUUUCAGUCAGAUUUCCUGAUGUAAUUCCUACGCCUACACCGGACAGUGGAUUUUCAAUGACGGCUGGAGACUUUUUAGAAGUUUAUACUCAUAGCGACGAGUGGCAUUGUGUUGCUACUUGUUUUUUCAUAGAUUGCGCCCCUAAUGUCGUUCAAUUUAUAGAAAAAAUAUAUUUGAUAUUAAAACCAGGAGGUUUAUGGGUAAAUCUAGGACCUUUGCUUUACCACUAUUCUGACAUGAAAAACGAGAAAAGUGUUGAACCCAGCUUUCAAGUUGUCAUGCAGGUCAUCAAGAAGGUCGGAUUUGAAUUAGAGAAGUGUGAGACUGAUCUGAAAACGAAAUACUGUCAAAACCCGAAGUCGAUGCUACAAUAUGAAUAUGACAGCGUAUUUUUCGUUUGCAGGAAACCGAUUUCGAUAGAUAACCACGAAACUGAUCCAAUUAACGGAUAUUGUGAUAUAGAAAGUAGCUUCAGUUCUUAAAAAAAUGUAUCUUAUUGGUGUCACAACAUGAUUAGAUUCUAGCACACUUCAAAAUAUCCAACGAUUAUUACUAGUGACUAGUCAAGUUGGUAAACGUAAUGUGGCAAUAAUUAUUUUAUAAGUGUGUCACUAGAUCGUUACCUUUUUAUGUGCCUUGUUAAUUUUAUUUGCAGAAUUGAAAUCAGAGUUAUCCUAUAGUGGAAUCAACAUUAAGAUAGUAUGCAAGGUGACUAGAAACAAGAGAUGAUCUAUUUCAAUGUAAUGUAAUGCAGUUUGAAAAUACAUUGUUAACACGUUGAACCCUGGUGCAGUCCAUAGGCGCCUAACUAUACUUUCCCCACAGUCCAAAGCGGUAUUUUGUUUGAAACCUCCUCCGAAGCCCAAGGGACCAUAUUUAAAUAUGCUAUACAGUUUGUUUGUACCGUCCAGGAUCCUUGAAACAUUACCCCACACUUGGUCCAUUUGAUAUUUUUUAUAAUCUUCAACUCCUUUGUAUUCUAUUUGAUUAGAAUUUAAAAUUUUUGUUACCUAUACCUGGUUAAUUUUUUUAAGGGUAUAAAAAAAAUUAAAUUAUUGGAUUAUUCAAUCAAGGGGUUUAAAGAUGACAUCUGUUGCGAGGAUUAUGGAAAAUUUCGACAUGUCAUAAAUUAAACUAGUCUUAUUAACCUUUUAGAACGAGCUCAGGUAUAAUUGAGUCACUUAAUAUUUUUUUUACACAUAUUUCAAAAUGAUUCAGCAAAAAAUAAACAGUAGAUAAGUAAAUAUGAACUCAACCAAAAGCAUUAUUUUUAAACUCAUAAAUUAUAAAUUUCACUUUUUAAAAACUUUAUUACCACAACAAAAUACAAGCUUCAAUUUUACUUAAUGAACUCAAUUAAUUCAAACGAUUAUAUUAACAAGAUUCAUUAAAAUGAUAUUUACAAAACUUCUAUUUAUAUUAGAUUAAUUGCUGAACAAUUUUUAAGUAAAAUGAUCUUUUUAAUUUUUAAAGUAGUUCGGUUUUUCUAGAUGUAACUCAUAACUCGUCUACUAUAUUUCAAAACAUUUUUGUACACUUUACAUAAAACCAAAAAUCAUUUUAUAGGAAAUAUAAUAAUAAAAAGAUUUAUUUAGAAUAAUUAGUGCAAAAAAUGGAAGUUUUUUGUGUGCGGUUCCUAGGAACACAUUGGACACUGGGAAAAGUUAAGCCGUAAACUUUCCAUUUUUAGGGGAAGGUUUAUCAAUUUUAAUUGAGGCUCAAUGUAUUUUAAGAAGACUAUUACCUUUCUAAUUAAAAUUUGGUUCAUUGUAUAAAUAGUUUACUAUAAACAAUAAUCAAAACGUGUCAAAUUAAGGGCAGAUAAGUGCAAAAAUCAAAAUUAUUUUCAAAGAUAUUUAAUCUUCUUCUUCUGCCUCUUUCAAUAGAACCGGGUCAUGUUCAAUCCUGUACGUUUGACCCUCUUCCUGAAAAGCUGAACACCAGAUCUCGUAUCACCUCUUUGGUUGUCUGAGUGUCUUCGGUCUCUGAGUUUUAGUCCACUUUGCCCAUCCGUAUUCUGGCAUUAUUUCUACGUGAUCCCUCCAGAAUCCCUUUUCGUGCCCUGACGCAUCUCACCACAUCCUGUACCCCCAAUUCUUCUCUUAUGUCAUCACUCCUUAUUCGCUCCCUGAGGGUGACUCCCUUGAUGGUUCGCUUGAUGAUGAUGACAUAAAAUCAUGUAACACUCGGUUAAUUGUAAAAUAAACAGAGCUCAUUAACUUAUUUUAUGAAAAUAGUGGAGUCAUAUGAUUUUUGACUUUGGAAACCUCUUCUUGUCUUUUUAUAAAGACAUAUAGUGCAACAUCGUAAAUCGGGAAUCACUGUGAAAGAAUUGGUCCCGGUUUAUAGAUUUUUCCGUAUUUUAGAUUAUACGAAUAUUUGAAUGCAUUUAUGGUGGCACCAUCUAUCGCGCUAACGAGAAAUCAUAUCGCAUUUCAUAUUAAUGUAAACCGUGGUAGAGGUAUGCAUAAAAUAUAAUAAAAUCGCGAUUAAUACUGCACAAAAAUACAUUUAUUGAAUAAUAAUAAAAAGAUUAAAUACUUUAUAAAAAUAUCCUUCAUGCUAUCAUUAUGUAUGGUGUCGCUAUCUAGAGUCAAAUACAGAAGUUAAAAAUGAGGGCUUAGUGGAAUGCACGCUGGGUUUAGCCGCGAAAGCUUGAAUCGUCUCACAUUCAUUACACAUUUUUAUAAACUGACAGUCUUUAUUCGAAGUAACCGUUUUUCUCAGACGAUAAAGCGUCGCUUUUCUUUUGAACGGCAUUUGAGACCAAAAAUGGAUUUAAUCUAAGAUUUAUAUUUUAUUAAUGUAAAAAAUGUGUUUAAUAUAUUUAGGAGUUAUUUAUACACCACAGGAAAUCCUUAAUUUUACUUAUUGACAAAUAUUCAUGGUAUCCCUUUCUUAUGUUUUGAUCUUAAUUAGAUAUUGAUUAAAAGUAGUGUAAUACUCUCGUUCAAAGUGGUCAGGAAAGUUUCGAUGAAUAUUUUAGUCAUUUGGAUACUAUCUUUGUUGCGUACUGGUUUUUUGUGUGUGUAUUCAAACAAUACAUUUAGUUUGUCCACAUAUACAGUUUUUCUAUCUCAUUAUUAGAAUACAAUUCAUUGGUCUAAAAAUAGUUUUUGUUGUGACAUUGAUAACUAUUACUCAUACUACAUAAAUACUUUUAACGUAAAUGAACAAAUAUUAAGUUUCAGUACUUUGAUAUGGAUUGUUUUUAGUUUCCUGAUAUUAUUUCUGAAAAAUACUAUUAUGUUCCAUAUUUAUUAUUAUACCAUUCACUGUAUUGAAAAGACUUAUAUAUAAUAUUAAAGCUGUUCAAAAACC